AUGGUAGAAGAGAAUACAUCAAGUAUGAGGAAUAUAGAAAGGGAACCCAGACCUCCAGAUCCUGGUCCUAUUCGCAAAUCAGUGGAGCUUUCAAAAGGUAACGAAGUUUCACAGAUGACGAAUACUACAAAGUUUAAGAAUAAUAUGUUAGGGGCAGCCAAGUCUAAAUUUGGUUGUACCCUCAAAAUGAUGGUUGGAAAACAUAAUGUGUGUCUGGUUACCUUAAUGGAAACUAGGAUAAAUGGAAGUAAUUUUAGUAAGCUUAUGAGAAAGAUAAACUUUGAUAAAGUUAUAGUUGAAGAAGCUAUUGGAUUUUCUGGUGGAAUUUGGGUUAUGUGGGACUUUAGGGGAACUAAAGUGGAAGUCAUUAGUCAAUCCAAUCAGUAUAUUCACAUAGGAAUUGAGAUUGAAAAUAUUAGACGUUUUAUACGCACGACUAUCUAUGAUAAUCCUCAAGAGGGUCCAAAGUGGAAUCAUCUUGAUAGGGUAUUUAAGAAACUUGAUAGGGUCUGUGCAAAUAUAUUGUGGAGAUUGAAAUUUGAUGAUGCUGCAAUUCAAGUUCUUCCCAGAAUUCUAUCGGAUCACAAUCCCCUUCUUUUAUCCAUGAAAAAUCAUAUGCAAGGUUGGAGUGAUAGGCCAUUUAGAUUCAUGGCAUCUUGGAUGGAUCACCAAGGAUUUGGAAGUCUAAUAGAGGACAAGUGGUAUUCAUAUAUCGAAGUAAACCUUAUGCUCUCUAAUUUUACUCCUCAUUUAAAAAGGUGGAAUAGAGAUGUAUAUGGGAAUAGUAAUAAUAGAAAGAGAUAUCUAGCUGAUAAAACCGUAGAUAUUCAGAUCCAAAAAGAAUAUGGAGACUACCCAAGACUGCAGGAAUUAGAGGGUCAACUGCAUAAUAAUUAG